UUACAAUAAUCUGGUUCAUAUCUAAAAGUGAAUAGGCGUGAAAUACGCAGUCGUUUGAUAUCCUUGUGACAUUUCCGUCCUACAACACUACCCCUUCUUUCCCUUCGUGUCAAGUUCGAUAGCCAUGGCCUCUCUCGCACGUGGAGCCGCAUCUCUAACUCGCGCUACUCUUUCCGCUUCCAAAUCUCCGAUUCAACUCAUCCAACGUCGCGGUCUCGCCGGAGCUGCAGAUCACCAUGGUCCCCCUAAAGUUGCCUGCUGGAAAGACCCAAUGAGUCCUUCUAAAUGGAAGGAAGAGCACUUUGUGAUUGUUUCUUUAACUGGCUGGGGACUACUCAUCUAUGGAGGAUACAAGUUAUUUGCAGGAGGCAAGAAAGAAGAGAAAUUGGCUGAAGCGUCACACUGAGGUUUGCAACGUAUUACAACACAAAGUCUUCCUGGUAAUAAUGUGUGCACCCGGGACCUUUUUUCGGGUUUUUCAGACUCAGUCUUGUUUGCUGGCAAGCAAUUCUUUUGGCUAGUUAUUAUCAAUUAAUCCUUGCAGACAAAGAAUAUUGGAAGAUGAUUCUUUCCUUAACAAUAACAAUAUGUUACAUUUAACGUUACAUGUACCCUUUUUAUGCCAAUUUCCGGGUUUUAAUUAUAUUUGCAAGCAUUAUUACUAUGACAA